ACCGGUAUUCCAAACCCUCGUGGCAAAAAAUUAUGGAUGACUGAAUGAAUACAUUGUUUGUGUUCAGAAAUUUAUUUCCCAGAACGUUAUUUUGUGCCAGAAAACUAACCCAGGGACGGAGCUGCCUCCCAAAAUUUUACAGUCCUAUCUGCCGUGUUCCUGAUUCGUCUUUCUUCAGUUUCAAAAACGAUUUUAAAUCAAGACUCUUCGUAGGAAUACAGAAGAUGUCUAAUGCUAGUGGAGAAAAUUCAAGCCUUUUAGACAAUUUACGGAAAUCAGUGAAGGAACAGGGUGACUUGGUAAGGAAGCUUAAAUCAGAAAAUGCUCCAGCACCUGAUAUUGAGGUGGCCAUUAAAGAGCUGAAAGUCAGGAAGAAAGCUCUUGAGAACAAGGAGAAAGAACUAGCACCAAAACAAGAGAAAUUUGACAGAGCAAAAUUAGAGGAUUUAUUGAAGAGACGAUUCUUUUUUGUUCCUUCCUUCGAAAUUUAUGGAGGCGUCGCUGGUCUUUAUGACUAUGGACCGUCUGGUUGUGCCAUGGAGGCCAACAUGAUCAACAUAUGGAAAUCACACUUUGUUUUGGAAGAACAAAUGUUAGAAAUCAGAGCUUCACUUCUUACACCUCAUCAAGUUCUGAAAGCAUCUGGUCAUGUAGACAGAUUUGCUGAUUUUAUGGUCAAGGAUGUCAAGACUGGCGACUGUUACAGAGCUGAUCAUCUUUUAGAAGGUCACCUUGAAAAGCUAUUAGCUGAUAAGAAACUGGAUGAAGGAAAAAGGAAGGAAUUUGAAAGUGUUAUUGGGCAGAUUGACAACUAUGGAAUGACAGAACUUGGCGAACUGCUACAAAAGUACAAUGCCAAGUCUCCAGUGACAGGAAAUGACUUGACUGACCCUGUGGAGUUCAAUUUGAUGUUUACAACUUCAAUUGGUCCCAGUGGGCUCAUUCCUGGUUACCUUAGACCAGAAACAGCUCAGGGGAUCUUUGUUAACUUCAAGCGGCUUUUGGAAGUUAAUAACGGAAGGCUACCAUUUGCUGCUGCUCAAAUUGGACCUGCCUUUAGGAAUGAGAUCUCACCUCGAGCAGGACUAUUAAGAGUAAGAGAAUUUACUCUUGCUGAAAUUGAACACUUUGUUGAUCCAUGUGACAAAAACCAUCCCAAGUUUGAGAAUGUGAGUUCUCAAAAAGUCACACUGUAUCCAUCAGAGAAUCAGAUUGAAGGGAAACCCACUGUGAAUAUCAGUUUAGGGGAUGCAGUCAAUCAGAAAAUUGUUAGUUCCCAGACCAUGGGGUACUUUCUUGGCCGAGUGUACCUGUUCCUCUUGAAGGUUGGGGCCGACCCUAGCAAGAUUCGCUUCAGACAACACAUGUUCAAUGAGAUGGCGCAUUAUGCAUGUGACUGCUGGGAUGCAGAACUCCUCACCUCCUAUGGCUGGAUAGAGUGUGUAGGAUGUGCUGACAGGGCCUGCUAUGACCUGUCAGUUCACACGAAAGCGGCCGGUGAAAAGCUUGUUGCUCAAGCUGAUCUUGCACAGCCUGAAAUGAUCGACGUGGUUGAGAUAGUUCCAGAGAAACCAGCCAUAGGGAAAGCAUUUAAAAAGGAAGGAAAAAUUGUAAUGGAUUAUCUGGCUCAGAUGGACAAAGAUAGUAUCAAGGAAUUUGAGGACAAACUCAAUGGAAAUGGUGAGGUGAGCAUAACAGUAGACAACAAAGAAUUCAACAUUCAAAAGGGCAUGAUCAGAGAAAUCAAGCGAUACCAGAAAGAAGUUCACGUUCGUGACGUAGAACCCCACGUGAUUGAGCCAUCUUUUGGAGUUGGUAGAAUUAUGUACGCUGUCCUUGAACACAACUUUAAAAUCCGAGAAGGAGACGAGCAAAGAACGUGGCUAUCUCUUCCUCCUGCUGUGGCUCCUGUCAAGUGCUCUGUGUUACCGCUAAGCAAAAACAAAGAAUUUGAUCAAUUUGUCAAGAAACUCUCCGAGUCACUGACAGAGCUGGAUAUUUCUCACAAAGUGGAUGACUCUAGUGGUUCUAUUGGCCGGCGUUAUGCGCGUACCGACGAGAUUGCCAUCCCCUUCGGUAUCACCGUGGAUUUUGAUACUGUCAACAAGGAACCCCACAGCGCCACUCUGAGAGAAAGAAACUCCACUCGCCAAAUACGCGCCCAGAUCGACGAGCUUCCCGCUAUCGUCAGCAGUCUUGUCCGCGGCAAAGUCACGUGGCCAGAAAUUGAGGCUAAAUAUGGUCUGUUCGAAGGACAGGAGACUGGCGCGAAGUAGACUACUCAGGUGGUCUACCAAAACCUGCAAAUAAAAUGAAUUUUAGUCGAGGGAAAUAUAUUCACAUCGGACAUUCGGCAGGUCCUCGCUCGGAACCCGGAGAGUUGCCGAUAGCUACCAAACUUUUUACUUCGGCUUUAAUUGUCCACUGGUCUAGUUGCUAAGCAACCUCCUGAUAACUGCGAGCUCAGCCAGGUAUAUUUCUCUCGACUGACAUAGACACAACUGAGCUACGCAAUGAGAAAAUAAACACUUAUUCAAUCGAA